AUGUCUUCAAGUCAGCCGUCGCAAGCUGCUACAACUCCUGCGGCGAUACCAACUGGACCCAGUCUCGAAGCUGUGAUUGGCGGCGUAAAUUACCAGCUGCCUUCUUCCGAUCAAGAUGCAAUCGACGUAAUGUUACAUGACGGUUCCAUCGCUCAGCUUCUCGCGAACAAGAUCAUUAUCGGAGGUCAGACUGUAACCGUCCCAUCGGACCCGACCAGCGAAACAGCACUUUCGGAUGAUAUUACCGCGAAGCCUGGGGAAGCUGCAGAACCGGAAGAAGGCGACGACGACGAUGACAAUGGCGAUGGUGCAGGUGGAGGUCUUUUCGGGGCGCUUGGCGGUAUCGCAAAGGGUGCCACAUCUGCCAUCGGAGGUGCCAUUGACGGAGUUGGUUCUGUUACUACAGGUGCCCUUGGCUUUGCUGGAGGCACAGUCGGUGCAGCAGCUGGCCUUUCUGAACCACUAUCCGGUGCCGCUGGCAACAUGGGAAAGUUCGUAUCAUCGCUUAACGGUAUCCAGAAGUCUUUUCCUGGUAGCGAACUCACCAAAGGUGCCCUGGAUACAUUCACAGGUGCUCAAUCACUCGCCCGACAGUCCCUGAACUGGAUGAAGUCAACGGCGAAUCUAGCUCAGGACUUCCCUAACCUACCGGCCGACGUUCAGUCGAAGCUUAAGUCAACGGCAGCGGACUUCACUAAAGACGAUGGCCCUUUGGCUCAGUGCAAGGCGGCUAUGGAAGCUUUCCGGGACUUUCAUUGGGAGGAAGCCGAGGUACCAAGCCAGACGGUGGACCCAGAUACAACAGAGAAAGCCACGAACACAGCCUCGCUACAAAGUACUCAAGGCACUUCGACUGCGCAGACUACGUCGAUGAAGUCAUCCACUGCCAUAUCAUCCACAGCGAUGAGCGCAAGUUCUACAGUCACUUCAAGCCAGACGUCUUCUUCUAGCAGUGAAACACCCACACCGACCCCAGACGCUACGAAGAGGUACGGGAUCAUCAGCGAGUACGGGACAUCGUGGGACACAUUCAACCAGUUCAUUACUGAACUCGAUGGGGGAAAUGGAUACCUUGCCAAGUUGGACAGCACCCGGCAACAGAUAUACAUCGCCAAGUUGAAUGCCUCGCAGGUGUCAGAGAUAAAAGAGCGAUACGACUUCAUCGGCAGCGUUCUUCCGUACGAAUUCGAUGAAACUAUAGACCACAGUAUUGAUGAGUUUCGAGCGAUUGGCCAAAGUCGCUCUUUACACACUGAUCUAGGUAAACCUCCGGCACCAAAGAGUUUUAUGGGUUGGUCUGCAGCCUCUUUAGAUCCAGUUCCUCACUUGAUACCACGAGCAUUGCUACCAUCAAAUCCUGAUGCACCUUGGUGGAAAAAAAUGCUUUCCGCCCCGCCGCGCGAUAUCGAUGUAGCAGACUCCGGACCUCAGUUCGAUCCACCUUAUCUGGCGGAUGCUUCUCUGGGGAAAGGAGUCACCAUCUAUGUUCUGGACGAUGGCUUUGACACAGAUAAUGUUGAUUUACAAGCUGGCACACGUUCCGUCAAUACAAUCGUAACCCCUAACGAAUUGACGUCUUUCCCGGUCAUACCGUAUGAUCCAGCAUACCCUGACAGAACCAUGCCUGAACGAAUUCAAGGUGGCGACCAUGGAACGAUGAUGGCUACAAUCGCUGCUGGAGUCGAACGAGGAAUCUCGCCCAAAGCAGAUCUAUGCUUAGUGAAGACCAAGAACACGAUGAAAAGCAAAUUCGACCCCAAUGUCUCAUACACCUUACCCAUCACGACGCUGGCUUUGGCAUGGUUCAUCGAUGCGGUGAUAAAAGAUAUAGAGGACAGAACAAGCCAAGAUCCAGGAGCAAGGUCUGUUAUCAACAUGUCAUGGGGCAUACAAGAACCUGGUAAAUCAGACGAUGAGAUUGAACGAAUCACGAAAAUCUUCGAGAAUUUUCUGGAUUUCUGUAAGGCGCGGAGUAUACCUGUGGUGGUUGCUGCGGGGAACAUGCCAGCGGUUAACUUCGUUCAUGAUAGCUUUCCACAAAGACUCUGGACAGCCGAUGAUACCAUGAUUAUAGUCGGAGGUGUGACUGACAGUGGCGCCUUGUACGAAAAAACGGUUGAAGACCCGAACAACCAGAUAACCGUGCAUGCGCCUGCUAAACCCGUCACCAUCCCAAAAUCUGGCGGCAUAACCCCACCUGAAGGUGAAAGGGAAGGAACAAGCCACGCUGCUGCGAUCACGUCAGGUCUCAUUGCAUAUUUGUAUGGUCUACCGAACUGGCAAGAGAUUCCGUAUGUGCAACAAACCCCCAUGAAGACGAUAUUGAAGGACCAUGCAUGGCUGAGGAGCAACGCAAUCGCCAGCGAUGAUCGGACAGCAGGGAAAGUUGUGUACAAUCUCGCCAGGGGAGACCCCUUCCACGGUUCGCACUCUUGUGUGCAACGUCGUGACAAGUUCGGAAAGCGACAGGACGAAGAGCUUUGUUCCCUCUCAUCCAUCCUGCCCACAUCUAUGAGGUCAGUUCCAGGAAACAGACAGACUCCCGUCCCUCUUGGUGUUUUGACUAAUGCUCUACAGCUCUUCUGGGACGACCUCUGCCUUUCCUACAAGUGCUACCAUGUCUUCCAUGACCUCCUCCCUUUCUGCACGUGUCAGCAUAUCUUCAGCGACUACCAAUUCUUCCUCCACGCCACAGAGCAGUCAAAUGAAUAG